UCUGCUGAAGUUGUGCCAUGGAUCUUAUGCACAGUAUAGGAAUCCAGGCCACCAGCUACCUCCAAGAGAAUUUCAUGGACUUUCAAGAUUGGUUUCUCUUCAUCUCAACAGUAGCUGAUCUCAGAACAACUUUCUUCUUCUUCUUUCCCAUCUGGUUCCAACUGAACGAAUCAGUAGGAAUCCGACUCAUCUGGGUAGCUGUCUUCAGCGAUUGGUUCAACCUUGUUUUCAAGUGGAUCCUCUUUGGAGAAAGGCCCUAUUGGUGGGUUCAUGAGACAGAUUUCUAUGGCAAUGUAACACCCCCGGUAAUCCGCCAGUUUCCUAUUACCUGUGAAACUGGCCCAGGUAGUCUUUCUGGUCAUGCCAUGGUGUCUUCUGGGGUCUACUAUGUCAUGGUGACAGCAUUGCUAUUACAACUACAGGCACGGAAUCGAAACACCUUGAGAGACAGGUGGCUACAUCAUCUUCUUUGGACAGGAUUCUGGACUGUACAAAUCUGUGUCUGCUUUUCCCGAGUAUUCAUUGCUGCGCACUUCCCACAUCAAGUGAUUGCAGGUGUUAUUUCAGGAAUACUGAUGGCUGUGAUUUUUGAACAAGUCCUUUCCAUCUACACCGCCAGCCUCACGCGAUACGCUGCAACUAUUGGCUUCCUCUUUGGUUUUGCCCUAGGCUUCUACCUGCUGCUCAAGAUGCUGGGUGUAGAUCUCUUAUGGACACUCGAGAAGGCCCACAAGUGGUGUGAACGGCCUGAAUGGGUCCAUAUUGACACAACCCCUUUUGCCAGUCUGUUACGCAAUCUGGGCAUUUUGUUUGGUCUAGGAUUUGGACUCAACUCCCCAAUGUAUGCAGAAAUGUCCAACGGGAAGCCAAACCAAGGGCUGAUCUUCCACUUCAGUUGCAUCUUUUUUUCAUUGCUAGUCCUGAACCUGUUUGAGUUCUUGGAACUACCAACUGACCAGGAGAUCCUCUUUUACACCCUCUCAUUCUGUAAGUGCGCUUGUGCCCAUAUCUGUGCAGUGGCCCUGAUCCCCUACACCUUUUUCUGCCUCCUUCCGCCGACAGACAAGAAAGAUUUAUAA